AUCUCUCGAAGCAACGAUUUGCCGCUCUCUUUCCUCACAUUCGUCGCAGCCCAGUCGUUUCCACCCAGCUCCUUGAAGCUCAUCCAUUUCUGUAGUCUUUGCUGUAGAAGGAUCCACCAAGCUUAUCGUCUGAUCUUUAGUUUCCUCCAAGCUUAGAUCCUUUCUCGGCGUCCGAUCUCUGCGGUGGACACUGUGUCCUGCUCACUCAUUUGUGCCAUCUGGAUCCUUUUGUCCAAAUCCGAUGUCCAACUCGUCCUUUCCUGAGGAAGGAACCACCACAGUCCAACUCGCCCUUGCCUGAGGAAGAAACCAAAUAAAACAUUAGCCUUAAUUUUUUCCAAUGAUAACAGACAAUUAUUUUAUUGAUUAAUACGAUUCAGUUACAAUGUUCAGUACAAGAAUAAAUAAUAGAUGCAAUAUUUAGAGGCUACUCACAUCAUCUAUCACCGGACAAUACUAAAGAUGACUUAGAAGAGAGCUGAAGUCCAUGUCCUAGAGUACCCUUGAUAUAACAAAGAACUCGAAGAACUGCAGUAAAAUGUACUGUUUGUGGAUCAAAAUAUGCAAUGUCUGGACAAGUCACAGUCAGAUAAAUAAGGCUACCAACAAGUUGACUGUACAGACUGGCAUCUUCUAGAGGAACACUAUCGAACAAAGUCAAAUGAACAAUGGGAUCGGUUGAUGUUGGUGUCGUGGCAGAAUCGGUGAUGCCUGAGCAAGCCAAAAGAUCAGAGACAUUUUGCUUGGGACAACAAGUAACCUUCAAGGCAUGUUGAUACCUCAUGUUCAAGAAAGUAAUUAAGUGAUCCUAAGUCUUUCAUCUCAAAGUGUUUCCCAAGAAUGGCAGAAGUGGAACAACCUUUUAGACCCCGCGAGAAACUUGUUGAGAAGCAAAAAUAUUUCCAAAGCAUCCACAAGCACACUUAUCUUAAAGGGCCAAUGGAUAAAAUCACCUCCGUUGCCAUUCCAAUUGCUCUUGCAGCUUCGUCACUUUAUCUCAUCGGACGAGGAAUUUACAACAUGUCCCACGGAAUUGGAAAGAAAGAAUGAGGUCACUGUCUUGGCAACUAAAUUCAAACACUGUUAUGCUUCUAGACUCGUGAAUUUUGAUCUUGAAGGAAUAUUUGUUUAAUAAAUGAUAAGUUCCAUAUUCGACUAGUAGAAUACUGGAUAUGAUGCUCUGCUUUCUACUUUGUUUCUCGAUAUUCAGCUCUCCUUUCAUGAAAUUGUGACUUAGAGGAUGUGAAUUGGGAUAAUGGUGUAUCUAUUAGAAUCGUUGAGCGACAUCCAAUAUUGUUAUGACUUGGUUUUACCUUCAA